GUGGGGUGGGGGUGGGGACCUUGCUCGCAGCCUACAUUAGCAGACCGAGUCCGAUCAAGGCUGCAGUGUGGCUGGAGCAGCCUCCAGACUCGCGCUCCGCAGACUCUGCACUUGGAGCCAGCCCCGCGCCCGCCCCCGCGCUGCCCGAACUGCACGCCCCGCUGCGCGUAGUCCGCGGCUCACACUCUGCGACCAAGCUCUCGCCGGGUUCCCCAACCAAGCCGCUUAGCCCUGGGUCUCUCAGCAGUCCUGGACUAGCUCGGACGCUCUCCACAGUCCUCCUAGAUCCCCCUACUUUUUUAGGGGUUCCAGGCGGAAAGGGUGAGACUGAGAAGGGAAGACCGGAGCUGCGGCGGCCAGACCGAGCCUAGAGAAAGUGGCAUGCCCGACCCCUGGAGGCGGAGGUGUUGGAGGACGGGGGAAGACGAUGCCGCGGCUCCGUAGGGGACGUAGGCGACAGCAAGCGAGGCGAGCGGGGUGUUGGGGCGCCGGCAGGCUGCCGGAGGGCGCGCACCGCUCUGAAGCUCCAGCCUUUGCCUCCCGGGGCACCGACGCAGCGGGAGACCGAGCUCCGUUCCAGCAGCCAUCUCCGCCACCUGGAGGACCUAGCAAAAGUUUGGAUCUUGGGGAGGGCACUAUGCUGAGAGGAAUUACCGGCGGGGCUGGAAGGAGACCUGAAAAUCCUUAGCAGAUUACAGCCUCGACUUAACCAAGCAAUUCCUAGGCUGUUCUACGCUGGCCUGACUUAUUAUAGAAGAAGCAAGAUUUGCCUGCCUGGCUGGACUUCUCUUGACAGUACUUGGCAUCACCCUUUGCUUGUGUCGAAAAUUCUUCCUGUUGAGUUGUUUCACACAUGGAGGACCAUUGCAUGAGGGCAACCUAGGCAGAUCAGACUGAACGCAUCAGAAAGAUUGUUUUACCAUCUUCCCUCGGAUCAUUUUCUUUAACAGAAGUUCAAGACUUUGACAGAACCUGGUCAGCUCAUUUUGAUUUAGCUUUCUGGCUUUUCUUAUUGUUUGUUGUGCUUUUGUUUUUGGUUUUUCCCACAUCACAUGGUAUUUUAUUUCUGUCCUUCAGAAAUGGGCCUACAGACUACAAAGUGUCCCAGCCAUGGGGCUUUUGUCCUAAAAAUUUGGCUCAUCAUUUUCUUGGGACUCUACUUACAAGUGUCAAAACUCCUGGCCUGCCCUAGUGUAUGCCGCUGUGACAGGAACUUUGUCUACUGUAAUGAGAGAAGCUUGACCUCAGUGCCUCUUGGGAUCCCGGAGGGCGUAACCGUACUCUACCUCCACAACAACCAAAUUAAUAAUGCUGGAUUUCCUGCAGAGCUGCACAAUGUACAAUCAGUGCACACGGUCUACCUUUACGGCAACCAACUGGAUGAAUUCCCCAUGAACCUUCCCAAGAAUGUCAGAGUUCUCCAUCUGCAGGAAAACAACAUUCAGACCAUCUCGCGGGCUGCUCUUGCCCAGCUCCUCAAGCUGGAAGAACUACACCUCGACGACAACUCUAUAUCUACAGUGGGAGUAGAAGAUGGAGCAUUCCGGGAAGCGAUUAGCCUCAAAUUGUUGUUUUUAUCAAAGAAUCACCUAAGUAGUGUGCCUGUUGGGCUUCCUGUAGACUUGCAAGAGCUAAGAGUGGAUGAAAACCGAAUUGCAGUCAUAUCAGACAUGGCCUUUCAGAACCUCACGAGCUUGGAGCGUCUGAUCGUGGAUGGGAAUCUCCUGACCAACAAGGGCAUUGCUGAGGGUACCUUCAGCCAUCUCACCAAGCUCAAGGAAUUUUCCAUAGUCCGGAACUCGCUCUCCCACCCACCUCCUGACCUCCCAGGUACACAUCUGAUCAGGCUCUACCUGCAGGAUAACCAGAUAAACCAUAUCCCAUUGACAGCCUUCGCAAACCUCCGUAAGCUGGAAAGGCUGGAUAUAUCCAACAACCAGCUACGAAUGUUAACUCAAGGGGUCUUCGAUCAUCUCUCCAACCUGAAACAACUCACUGCUCGGAAUAACCCUUGGUUUUGUGACUGCAGCAUUAAAUGGGUCACAGAAUGGCUCAAAUAUAUCCCUUCUUCCCUCAAUGUGCGUGGCUUCAUGUGCCAAGGUCCUGAGCAAGUACGAGGGAUGGCUGUCAGGGAGUUAAAUAUGAAUCUUUUGUCUUGUCCCACCACAACUCCUGGUCUACCUGUCUUUACUCCAGCUCCAAGUACAGUAUCUCCAACCACUCAGUCACCUACUCUCUCUGUUCCAAGCCCCAGCAGAGGCUCUGUACCUCCAGCUCCUACCCCAUCGAAACUUCCCACCAUCCCUGACUGGGAUGGCAGAGAAAGAGUGACCCCACCUAUUUCUGAAAGGAUCCAACUUUCCAUCCACUUUGUCAAUGAUACUUCGAUUCAAGUCAGCUGGCUGUCUCUCUUUACCGUGAUGGCAUACAAACUGACAUGGGUGAAAAUGGGCCACAGUCUCGUAGGGGGCAUUGUUCAGGAACGCAUUGUCAGUGGUGAGAAGCAGCAUCUGAGCUUGGUUAAUUUAGAGCCGAGAUCCACAUAUAGGAUUUGUUUAGUGCCACUGGAUGCGUUCAACUACCGUACUGUGGAAGAUACCAUCUGUUCCGAGGCUACGACCCAUGCCUCUUAUUUGAACAAUGGCAGCAACACUGCUUCUAGCCAUGAGCAGACGACUUCCCACAGCAUGGGCUCCCCUUUUCUGCUCGCGGGCUUGAUUGGGGGUGCAGUGAUUUUUGUGCUCGUGGUCCUGCUCAGCGUCUUUUGCUGGCACAUGCACAAAAAGGGACGCUACACAUCCCAGAAGUGGAAAUACAACCGGGGCCGACGGAAAGACGACUAUUGUGAAGCAGGUACCAAAAAAGACAACUCCAUCUUGGAGAUGACAGAAACAAGUUUUCAGAUUGUCUCCUUAAAUAACGAUCAGCUCCUUAAAGGAGAUUUCAGACUGCAGCCCAUUUAUACCCCAAAUGGGGGCAUUAAUUACACAGACUGCCACAUCCCCAACAACAUGAGAUACUGCAACAGCAGUGUGCCGGAUCUGGAGCAUUGCCAUACGUAACAACCUAGAGGUCCAGCAUUUGAAAGGUGGACAACCAGACUCUCAAGAACACACAUACGUGUGCACAUAAAGACACGCAAAUUACAUUUGAUAAAUGUUACCCAGAUGCAUUUGUGCAUUUGAAUACUCUGUAAUUUAUACGGUGUACUAUAUAAUGGGAUUUAAAAAAAAAGUGCUAUCUUUUCUAUUUCAAGUUAAUUACAAACAGUUUUGUAACUCUUUGCUUUUUAAAAUUAAAAAAAAACAAAAAAACGUUGCUGAAGUACUGUACGGGGUUGUACAAUGAAAGCCCAAUGCCAAGGCAGAAGAAUGAGUGAAUCAUCCUUAAGAUGCAUAUUAACCACUUCGCUGUUGAGGCUGUCAGAAUAAAUUUCUUUUCCAGAGAUGAUAGUCAUAUGAAAGGAUAAUGUCAGAUGGGCUCACCAGAGAAAGAGGGAUAGUUUGAGUAAAGAAAGAAUGGCCUAGUUACUUCCAUGCUUUCUAUACCUCCUGGAAGAAACACUUUUAGAAAAAAAAUCUACAUAAUAAUAAUUGAGGUAGUUACUCCACUUUGACUGAAUGCAGGAAAUAGAAGAUCAUGAGGAAGCCAGUUCCCAUGAGAUAAUUUAGGCCUACUUGACCAAAUCAAGGAAACGGAGAGAUGUGAAAUGUCCUUAAAGUCCCAUGGUUGGCUUUCUGACUGUGAACUUGAAUCAUUCUUCAGGCUUCCCUGGCCUUAUAUAAUAAUAGAUUUGAAACCUGAGUCUCAUUCUUGUUGUCUUCAGGGACCAGUUAUGAUCAGUUUUAGCAAGAAAAUUCCCCUUAAAACUGUCACUGUUCAAAUCACAUGUCAGGUUGAAUCCAAUCUAACAGAGUUAUAUUCUAGAAUAAUUUUUUAGAAGAGGCUAAUAAAAAUAAUGGGAAGAAUUAUAUUGAAUGCAAUUAUUUUUGAUAAUGAAAAUUAUUUGGGUAUAUUCACUGAGGCUAUGUCAACAUGAUAUUUAGACCAACAAAAGGAGCAGUGUUUGGAAUUUAUUAAGAUAAUGCGUUGAUGUAAAAUGUACUAAUGACAUUUAGACGAAAAUAUUGGUGGUUCUCUUUCACUGUGUCAAUGGACUUUGUUAGUAUCAUGUUGAAAUAGCUUGAAUUAAUACCUAUAUUCUCCCUCAAAUUCUUGUCUUCCUAUCACCUUGCAUAUAUUUUUUUGUAAUUAAGUUGUAUAUGCCACCUUUGCCCCUGCCCCCCACUGGGUAUUUAAAAAAUAGGGAUGCAAUUUAUGGUUGCACAAAAUAUUCCUGAUGUAUUUUUGCAUAUUAAAGUCCAUAUUACCAUUUCUUACCAAUGAUUCUGUGAUGGCACCCAAGCUGGCCAAAACAAUGCGUAUUGUUAAAAGCAAUACUAUGUUUUCAUUUUGAAUUAACUUUGCUCCUGUUCCACAGAGAAAUUCUAUUUGUUUCUUUUAGAUUGUGGAUUCUCCUCUAAUUUGGUAAUUACAGAAUGAUAAUUAACCUUGUGGUAAAAGACUACCCGUGAAAAUGAGCAAGUCAGAGAAUGAAAGUUUCCCCAAAUCAUGGCAGAGAAGGGCCAAAGGCAGAGGGCAUAGUAGGAGAGGUGUAAUCAUGGUUGAUGCUAGAUAUUUUUAAAGCAAGUCCAUUUUCAGGAAACAUGGAUAAUUUAUCCCAAUUCUUGCCAUCACACAGGUAUAGAAGGGCUAUAGACCACAUGUACUGUCUAAAGUGAUUCACCCUUGGGGAUUUUUUUUCAAAACAACUUUUAGGCAUUUCAUUCUCUGUACCUUUACAAUCAUCCUCUGCUUUAGGGACUCAUGAAAUCAAUGUCAUACUUUUCUUGCUCUCUCUCUCUCUCUCUCUCUCUCUCUCUCUCUCUCUCUCUCAGCAAAAUAAAACUGUGAUGUGUCUUGUAAACUUUAGGUAUACAAAGCUAUGCAAGCUUUUCUUUAUAGUGAGAGCUUUAUUUUCUUUAAUGAUAUACCCCAACUUAUAUGUUUUAAUCUCCUUCAUCCUUCAGAAUAGGCAGAAAAAUAUAACUGCAGUGAUAAUGUUGUAGACACAAGCAUUAAAACUGUGCAGUCAGUAGAGCUGAACAUAGUUAUGAAUUAAUUUAAUUAAUUCUAAAAUUACUCUGGUUUCCACUUUAGUCUAUUAGCUCAAGGGUUUGUGCUGUUGGUUUCUGUAAAGUAGGUUCAUGCAGUAAAGGGAUAAGACCAUCUGGAACUGUGAUCGGUGUAGCGUUACAUCAUCUAAAACCAGGACAGUAACACAGAGCACAGUGUGUGAGUUGGAUGUUUUCCUUUCAAUGUCCUCUUGCCUCUCACUUUGUAGGUAAAUUUGUAUGCUGAAAAAUAUAAUGGUACUUUAUUUUAAGGAUUUUUAUUUUGUUAUAUAACAAGAAAAUCAUCCAUGUCUCUUGGUAUUGUACAUUUAACUCCCUGUGGGAUUUAGGAAUGUGGAAAUGUCUUUUCUUUGUCCCAAGAGGAACAAGAGUGGAAAGAUUCUCACAAUAUCAAAUGUCAUCCAGAACACUACUGGAAGGCAAAGUGGUACCUUGGAGGGCCAGUCAUGUGAAAUGAUAGGGUGCUCUCAAAAUUGCUCUGGUACAAGAGAUGUUUGAAAAGAGAGUCUUUAUUUUGAUCUUAUGAACAACAUGGGAACGACAUCUACCAUGAAAAUCAGACACCUAUCCAUAGUACUGUGCCUGAGGGACUCACUUACAACAGUUAGAAAUCACCUAAUGGAAUCUAUAAUAGCAUAUGAAAAUUUGAAAAACUAAUGGCCAGCAGUACUUACUGGAUGACAUUUUGGCUGUCAUCUUUAAUCAGGAGACUGCAUUCCCCAGUUACAUCUCCUCUGAUUUUGGUCCUCUCUCAGCCUCACCAUUAUUUAUUUGGAAGUAAUUAGUCAAGAGUCAAACUUUAGCUGCAUCCAUGUAUUGCCUACCUCUUGUGUGCACAGUAAAUUUACUUGUACAGAGGACAUUGCAAAAGGCAAAGCAAAACAUUAUCAGAUAGAUGCUAUUGGUAGUUAAAAAGAAGGGGGUCACCAAUACCUUUUUGCUUGUAGAGAUGCAUUUGACCCUGGGGAGGUCCUUGGUUUCACUUAAACACUGCCAUAUGCAUUGGACAGAUAGUAUAACACAUGGGUCAAUCACAGACAGAUGUGAUAAGAAUGUUCCCUUCUUAAUUAUGAUACAAGUGGAAAAAUCUUCCCUUGUGAGAAAAAACGCUAUUUGUAAUUUUCCAGAUGUUUGUUGAUACAAUAAUAGACAUUUUCUCUCAAGAGUAUAAACAAAAAUCUGUAAUAUCAACUUUUUGAUAAAAGUGUAUUAAUGGCAUAGCUAAUAUUACACCUUUGUUUUUUUUUUUUAACAAUGGAGGUCAUAAUGGUCUUAGGCAUGGCACAUAGCCAGAAUUUCCUUCUCCCCUAGAGAAAACUUAGCUCUUCAUGUGAGGGGAGCAUCUAUUCCAAACACAAGGCACCAUUGUCUUAUUCAGAGGCAGGUGCCCCACUGAAUCAGCAUUCUUCAGCUGCUGCAUCCCCUGCAGCUUUGAACAGUGAAGUGGUUAAUUUCCAUUGAUGUCUUUGUUUAUAGCAUUUAUCUCUAACCUAUCAAGAGGAUAUUAGAUGAUUCUUUAGAACUUGAGUAUAACAUAUCAGCUCAUAACUUGUUUUUCCCAACUGAAUGGGAAACCAAACAGAAGAGUGCCCAACACAAAAAUAAUAUUUAGACAAGACAACUCUCAAUUUUCAAUCUUGUCAAACUUCGCUGUUUUAAAAGUUAAAGUAAGAAACGAAAGGGAUCUGUAUCUACACCCCUUUCCAGUUUCAUCAGCAGGAUUGAAGGAAUUGUUGGCAACAGGGAUGCUUUUCACUGAUGGUGGGAGAAAUGGUUUGUACACAGUAAAAUAAUGUUUUAGCAAACCAGGCUGUUUUGUUAUAGUAUUUGGUUUUCUUGCUGCACAUCCACCAGAAGAGCACAAACCAAGGCCAUAGCAACAGGUAUUUUAAAAUUAAUAUAAGACAUGCAAAUCCAUGCAUACACAUACAUUGGAGUGUUUGUAUAGGUGCCUGUGGUGUGUGAGAUUUGUAACCAGUAAUGGCAAAAUGAGGCACCACCACUGUAUACCCUCCUAGGAUGAUAUUUCUGAACCGGUAACUUUGAUGAUCUGUUACUGUUUGAUUCCUAUGUUGAUUUAAUUCUGGUUUGUGUUUAGUGUGUUUCUCUGACAAGGGACUGCAAGGGGCUGGAAGAUUCUGUGUCAUGCAUCCUCGGAGACCUACCAUGUUGCACACUUUGUUAACUACAAACUUCACUCUACACUAUACAGUACCUUGUUGAUAUAUUCAGUAAAGGCUUAUUUUAAAAGAAAACCUAUGGUGUUUAUCUGAGUAAAUUCAUCAGAAUAUAACAUGAGUAUGCUGCAAUGUACGUGGAGAAGGGGAAAUUUGUCAUACAAAAACAUGCCAGAGGGGAAGAAGUUUGCAGAGCGUUCGUAUCCUCCUACUAUUUACCUCUGUUUUCAGUUCCUAGUCCUUGUUUUCUAAGAGGUUAAUGUGGCAGUCUAAUGUUCCUUCCUUUUCCCCCCACUGAAAUAUUUUCAGAAAAUGAUUCUAUAUCCAAAUCACUACACAAAGCACAG